AUGGCGACGAGAGGGAGCUUCUCAAGUCCCGCUUUGAACCCCAUGAACGUCGGGCUGGGGUCCGGCUUGAGGAUGCCCGGGAUGCCGCCAGCUGCGGCGGGAUACCACCGCUCCGUGAGCGGCUCCCCGCAGUACCCCCAGCGUCCUGGGAUGCCUCUCGGCCGAGUAGGGGUCCCCAUGGGGGGUCAGCACCCCGGCCCGUCGUACGGCGGCGGCAGUGUUCCCAUGCGGCCCAACAUGGGUCCUCCGUCAGCGGCGGAGGCCUCGAGGAAACGUUUAUUUCAUCACCAGCAGCAGCCAGAAAUGCUGGGAGGUCAUCGGCGAAGCGUGAAACGACGCAGGAUGGCCGACAAGGUUCUCCCGCAGAGAAUCCGUGACCUGGUGCCCGAGUCUCAGGCCUACAUGGACCUCUUAGCUUUUGAGAGGAAACUGGACCAGACCAUCGCCCGCAAGCGCAUGGAGAUACAGGAAGCCAUCAAGAAGCCCAUUAUGCAAAAGCGCAAGCUGAGGAUCUACAUUUCUAACACGUACACGCCGUGCAAACCCGAGGGCGACGACGCCGAGAAAGUGUCCUCGUGGGAGCUGCGCGUGGAGGGAAAACUUCUAGAAGAACCUGGCAAGCAGAAGCGGAAGUUCUCCUCUUUCUUCAAGAGUUUGGUGAUCGAGCUGGAUAAGGAGUUGUACGGACCCGACAACCACUUAGUGGAGUGGCACCGAAUGCCUACCACUCAGGAGACGGACGGUUUCCAGGUCAAACGUCCCGGCGACGUCAAUGUCAAAUGCACCCUUCUGCUCAUGCUGGACCACCAGCCUCCUCAGUACAAACUGGAUCUGCGUCUGGCCCGUCUGCUGGGCGUGCACACGCAGACGCGGGCCAACAUCAUGCAGGCGCUUUGGCUCUACAUCAAGAACAACAAGCUGCAAGACAGCCAUGAGAAGGAGUACAUCAAUUGCAAUCACUACUUCAAAAAGAUAUUCGGCUGCCUUCGUAUGAGGUUCUCGGAGAUUUCCAUUAAGCUUGCCGGGCUGCUGCAGCACCCCGACCCCAUCGUGAUCAAUCACAUGAUCAGCGUGGACCCGAACGACCAGAAAAAAACUGCAUGCUAUGACAUUGACGUGGAAGUGGACGACCCGCUCAAAAGCCAGAUGAGCAGCUUCCUUUCGUCCACUGUCAACCAGCAGGAGAUCGCCGCGCUGGAGACUAAGAUCCACGAGACCAUCGAGUACAUCAACCAGCUGAAAACCGAGCGUGAUUUUAUGCUGAGCUUCAGCAACAAUCCCCAAGACUUUAUCCAGGACUGGCUUGAGUCUCAGAGCAGAGAUCUGAAGGUGAUGACGGACAUUACGGGAAAUCCGGAAGAAGAGCGCCGAACCGAGUUCUAUCAAGCGCCGUGGAUGCCCGAAGCUGUCAGCAGAUACGUUUAUUCCAAAGUGCAGCAGAGAAGGCAAGAACUGGAGCAGGUUCUUGGGAUUAGACUAACAUAA